AUGUCGACCACAAUAAGCUCCGACAUCCACUAUUUCGAGAUCGCUGGGUUUCGCUUCCAAGAUGGCUUGACACUCUCCACGACACGCUUGGCCUAUCUUGACAUCAACCCGAGCUCUCAAAAAACGGCGCUCAUAACCACGAGCUUCAGAGGACGUCUUCAAUCUACCUUGACCUUUGAGAAUGGUGCGCUCCAUACAUACAGGAUCAUUGUUGUCGCGUUAUUUGGAAACGGCGAAUCGUCAAGCCCUUCUAAUUCGAUAGAAUUUCCCACUUCCAUUGACUAUGGCGAUUGUGUCCGAGCGCAGCGACUGCUUUUAGAAGCCUUGGGUAUACAAGCACUCGAUAUCGUCAUGGGAUUCUCCAUGGGAGGACAGUGUGCGUACUAUUGGACGGUGAUGCACUCCGACUUUGUCCGAAACGCUAUCAUUAUUUGCGCCUCGGCUCGAACAAGUCGUCACAACUAUCAGUUCUUGGAAGGUCCCAAGACUGCCCUCGAAAAUUCAAUCGACUAUCCAGCGUACAGAAGGCACGUCUCGGGGGCUUCUGCUAAACCAAUUCGUGGCCUCCGCGCUUUUGGAAAAGCAUACUCGGCUUGGUUGACGAGUGCCGAAUGGUUUGAUCGUGAACUAUACUUGACCUUGGGCUAUCGAAGCUUCCAUGACUGGGACCAUCAUGUAGCUGGGUUGAAUUAUGACAGCUGGGAUCCUGACGACUUGCUUGCAAAACUACGCAUGUGGCAAGGCGGGGACAUCACAAAAGUCGACCAAACAGCUGCUAAGCGGUCGUUGGAAGAGACCCUGUCACGAAUCAAGACGCGUGUCCUACUCAUGCCAUGUUCGACAGAUCAAUACUUUCGCUGGGAGGCCAGCGAGAGAGAAUCGAGCGACAUCCCUCGUGCUACUCUCAAGGUCAUACCAUCGGUUUGGGGUCAUUUGGCAGGAUUUGGUAUCAAUGGAGAAGACACAAGAUGGAUGGAUAGAGAAAUCGGCGAAUUUCUAGCUGAUUGA